AUGUCCGACGCAGUGGAAGCACCAAAGCGCAAGCUCAAGCCGGCGAGGAAGCAGGUCAAGCCGGGAGAUGUCGACACGAGCGAAAAGGUCCAGCCGGGCAAGGAGUACAACAUCUGGUACAACAAGUGGGCUGGUGGCGACAAGGAGGAUGCGCUGGCAAUGCAAACCCUCUCGCAGACGCGGUGUGUUAUUACGCGCGAUGCGGGGUACACGCGCGCCGACGCGACGGGCAACCGCUUCUGCUGCCUGUUCUUUGCGCGCGGGCGCUGUCCCUACGGCGCCGAGUGCAACUUCCUCCACCGCCUGCCGCUGCCGCACCAGGUGAUCGACCACUCGCGUGACUGCUUCGGCCGCGAGAAGCACGCCGACUACCGCGACGACAUGGGUGGUGUGGGUUCGUUCAACCGCUCCAAUCGGACACUGUAUAUUGGCAAGAUCCACGAGAGCCCCGACAAGGACCAGAGCAAGGAGACGCUCUUGCGGCACUUUGGCGAGUGGGGCAAGAUUGACAAGUGGAACAUUCUGUACAACCGCGGCAUCGCGUUCGUGUCGUAUCGCAACGAGGUGAACGCGCAGUUCGCCAAGGAGGCGAUGCAGAACCAGAGCAUGGACAUGGACGAGAUCCUCAACGUCAGGUGGGCGACCGAGGACCCCAACCCGGGAGAGAAGAAUGCCGAGGAGCGGAGGAUAGCCAAGGAGGGGCAGAAGGUCAUUGCGUCCAAGCUCGACGCGAACCUGAUCGAGGCGGCGCAGACGCUGCGCGCGCUGGAGGACGGCGACGUCGACGACCUGUACCACAUCGAGGAGAGCGUGCCGGAGCCCGAAGCGCAUGAGGAGGACGAGCGGCCAGCAAAGCGCGCGCGUGCCGACGCCGCUCCAGCCUCGGGCCUGUUUGGGAACGACGCGCUGGAUAACAUCCGGUACUAUGCCGACUUGGCACGGAAACAGGCCGAGGAGGAGCGGGGACGCGCACGCAAGACACCUGCCGCCAAGCCAACCGGCGUGGCAUUGCUAGGCGGGUACGACAGCGGCGACGAGAGCGAUUAG